AUGGCUUCCUUGAUCACUAUUACUCUCAUCAUUUCAUCUAUUUUCAUGAGCUCUUCAAAUUCAAUGAGUGUGGACUACUAUAAGCAAACAUGCCCGGAGGCGGAGCCGGUGAUCUCGAAGAUUGUGCAUAAGGGCAUGAUCAAUGACAAGACUGUGCCAGCAGCUCUACUCAGAAUGCACUUCCAUGACUGUUUCAUUAGGGGUUGUGAUGCUUCUGUACUGCUGAAUUCAAGUGGGAAAGAGAAGGCUGAAAAAGAUGGUGCUCCAAAUAUUUCAUUGCAUGCAUUUUAUGUGAUUGAUAAUGCAAAGGAGGAAUUGGAGAGGAUGUGCCCUGGUGUGGUCUCUUGUGCUGACAUUUUGGCUCUUGCUGCUAGAGAUGCUGUUGCACUUUCUGGAGGACCUACUUGGGAUGUGCCUAAAGGGAGGAAAGAUGGAAGAAUCUCAAAGGCCAAUGACUCAUUGCAAUUGCCAUUUCCCACAUUCAACAUCUCUCAAUUGCACCAAAGCUUCUCCAAGAGAGGCCUUUCUUGGGAGGACCUAGUUGCACUCUCAGGAGGGCACACACUCGGAUUCUCCCACUGCUCAUCCUUCCAGAACAGGAUCCACAACUUCGACAGCUUAAACGACGUCGACCCAACAAUGAGCCCUGCGUUCGCAGGCGCCCUGAAGAGGACUUGCCCCAUGCACAACAAGGUCAGGAGCGCGGGAGCCAACAUGGACUCUUCACCAACUGUAUUCGACAAUGCAUACUACAAACUGCUUAUUCAAGGAAAGAGCCUUUUCUCUUCCGACCAAGCGCUGCUCACAACUUCUAAAACCAAAGGAUUGGUAAGAAACUAUGCAGCCUCUCAAGAGCACUUUUUUGAGGCAUUUGCCAAGUCCAUGAUCAAGAUGAGCUCCAUUAGUAGUGGUGGUGGGACUGAGAUAAGGUUGAAUUGCAGAGUUGUUAAUUGAUUACUAUAUUGAACAGGAUGUUUCGAUUGUUAUGCUA